GAGUCAGAAUUGAGCGGAGAUCGCAGGUUUUUGGGGACAAACGGAUUUCUGUCCGUUUUUAAGAAAGUUUUAAGAAAAGUGAUACAACUUCCUAAACUUUAGUUUCUGCUGUGUCAUCAAGAGGGGGAUUAAGUGCAUCGUUUGACGAUUUAUUGAAAUAACCAGGUUCAAACUAUUUAAAGAGAUUUUUUUUAACGUAUUUGUUCGUCAAAAUGGCGACGAAGGUGCUCCUUUCUGUAUUUUUUUUGUGCGUAACAGGUUUGCGGGGCUCCAACGCGCAGGUAUGCGGCCGUCUGCAGAUGAAGGACAGGAUUGUAGGAGGGGUGGACGCCUCGAAUGGGGCUUGGCCAUGGCAGAUAGAUAUUCAGAAAUCUAACGAACAUGUCUGUGGAGGCUCCCUCAUCACGCAGGACUGGGUGCUUUCAGCUGCACAUUGCUUCCCCAAUCCAUCCGAUCCGUCCUCCUACGUUCUGUACAUCGGACGGUACCAGCUGAAUGGGAUCAACGAGCACGAGUUGUCCCGUACAGUGAAGCGCAUAGUGAUUCCAUCUGGUUACCAAGACCCCAACAGUGGCAAAGACAUCGCUCUCCUGCAGCUGUCCAGCCCCGUGUCCUGGAGCAACUACAUCCAGCCUGUGUGUUUGCCUGCGCCGGGAACGUUGUUUCCCACUGGGAUGACCUGCUACGUCACUGGCUGGGGAAACAUCAGGGAAGACGUGCCUCUGUCAGGAGUUGGGACUCUGCAGGAAGUGGCGGUGCCAAUCAUCUCCCAGGCUUCCUGUCAGGAAAUGUACCAAAUGAAUCGGGUGGAGCAGGUGGACAUUCUAUUCGACAUGAUCUGUGCAGGAUACCAGCAGGGCGGCAAAGACUCCUGCCAGGGCGACUCAGGGGGGCCGCUGGUCUGCAGCAUGGUGAAUGGCACCUGGGUGCAGGCGGGAGUGGUGAGCUUUGGACUUGGUUGUGCGAAGCAGAACAGGCCGGGUGUUUACACCAGGCUGACCAGCUACUCCGACUUCAUCCGCUCCACAGUAGCAGAGGUCCAGCUGUACGGAGGAGCGCAUCGGAGUGUGUGUGGCUGUGUUGUUGUGCUGGCCAGCUGUCUGUCUAUCUUCCUGAUGCUGACUUGGAGAUAAAACAGUUUUUUAUAUUUAAGAGUUGGAACAAGAAACCCACUAUGAAUGAAGGAGUUAAAUUGUUUCUGAUAGUUUUAAUCAAAUUUGUAAUUCUUUUAUCCUGUCUGCACACUAAGCCAUAUGGAACUUUGUAACCCGUUCUUGUUUUUAAUGAAAAUUUAUUUGAUUUUAAAUACAAAUGAGAAGUUUAAUUUCGAAUUAAAGAAAAAGUUUGAUUAA